UCACGCAAAAAGUUAUGUAAGCAGGGCGUGGUUAAGUGGCGUUAUAAAACGAGGCGUCAGUUUGCGGAAACUUCACAACUCCGUUCAAACUGCUCCUCAGUGGGACGGGCUUGCAACAUGGACAAAAAAACCUUGAUCGCAUUGCUCUUGGUGACAAUGCUCAUUAUUGACUUGUUCGCUGAUUCGGAGGCUUCGACCCGCCGCCGUCGCCGCAGCCGCCGUCGUCGUCGUGGAAUGGGGGAUGAAUCAGAAGGGAUCCUGUCGAAGGAGGCUGAUCAGUCGGAUAAAGACGAGGGUACGCUGACCAACCUGGUGGCCAAACUAAGAGACCUUGAUGCGGACGAGGACGUAGAAGAUGAUGAUGACGAUGACGGUGACGAAUAACGUACACUAAGUUUCAGCGAGAAUCAGACGUGAGCCUAGCAACUGUUUUCCAUUUCACGGACCUUGAGACAUUUGAAUCACUAGAACAGUAAUCAAAUUAGUUUUAUCAUAGUAUACAGUCUGAUCAUAUGCGCCGUUGUUACUAAAUGUUAGCCAAAGACCACUAAUGAAGUUCAAUGAAAUUCAGGGUAGUACCAUUCAGCUUCGGAUUUGUCAAACAUAUAUUACAUUGUUUAACUAAUUCAAUAUUAUGUCACAGAAGCAAAACGGUGCAGUUACCAACAGAUAAUAGUGGGCGUGGUCUCAGUGAUUGGCAGAACUACAUUCUGGUCGAUUUACGAUAUCCACAUUAUUUGGUAAUGUCAAUGCGUGUUGUGGAUAUCUUUCAUUUUGAAUCCACUCUCAUUAAAGUAGUGAUACACAUCGCGAUCCAGUAAUACAAAGCAACAAAAAAGCCUUUUCAUCAGGGAUAUCGAUGCUUUAUGUUACAAAAAAAUUUAAUCUUAAUAAAAUGAAAUAACAGUCCUUUAAAAGUGGCAAACUAAAAGCUGCCCAUUUCUGAGAUCUUCAUUUGAUAACAUCAGCUCGCAGAAGGUUGUUCCUCCAAAAUAUGAACUUCUUGCGUAAAAUUGGAUACUUCAGAAUGUUGGUUUAAUGGUGUGAAUAUAGAUAGUUAAUGCUUUUGUUUUCUUAAGUUGGCUGCAAUAAUAAAUUGACAGUUUAUACUAUUGUACUAAAAGUUCCAUUGUCUUUUCUGAUGAAUAA